AUGACGUUGAGGUACCGGUCAGACUGGGUAUGGGCAAAGGUGUACAUGGUACUGGCGGCGGCAGGCGGCGGACGGCUGGCGGUGCGGACGAGCGAUCGGGUGGCGCAUGUCGAGGUCGAUGUGGUGAGCGUGGCCGAGUUUCGGGAGUUUGUCCAGUCGACAGGAUGGGAGACCGAGGCUGAGGGCUAUGGAUGGUCACUGGUGGCGCUGCCGCCCUCAGAUGACGCCGAGCCGCUCGCAGAAAAUGCCAUCCCGCCUCCGCUCCUCGCUCGCGAGAUCGAUUGGUGGCAGCUCGCAGGCGUGUCAUGGGCAGGUGGACUGGCUGAGGACGGCGACGCGGUGGGUCAUGUUUCGUUCCAUGACGCCGAGGGCUACUGCUCGUGGCGCGAUCCGAGCUACGGCCGCGUAGCGUCGGUCGAGGAAUGGGAGGCUUUGCCGGAGCUUUAUCGGACGCUCUCGGCGCCUGCCGCGUACGAAUGGCUCGGACCGGACGUGGAUGACAGCAGCGGCGCGCCGCAGGCUACUAUUGCGCCGUUUGUGGGUGGCGGCGAAGGCAUUGACCUCGAUCUAGACCGGCUGGACAUCGACGUCUCGGCGGAUCGGCUCUCGUUCCGGUGCGCGUACGACAUCCCGUACGACAUCAUGACCGAGCUGAUGGACGAGGACCUCGACGAUUUGCUCGAUCUCUACUAAGG